GUCUUCAGUUUAACUUAGCUGAAAAGCGUCAUUUCAUUGUACAGAUGAUUCAAAAUAUCUAAAACUCAAGGGAAAGUGCCAGUUAACCAGAUAACCACUAGAAGGGGCUGGUUAACUGAGAGAAAACAAGAGCUAACCUAAAUGCCAAAUUCCUAACACUUAUUUGGGUUACUCUUAAAAAUCCCAGCUAACAGAGUGAAUUUACUACAUACCAGAUAAAGAAAGGGUGCACAAAUAUUAGCUAAGUUCCUUGAGAAAUGACAUAUUUUAAGAAUUCUGUAAAUUCUUGUUUUCAAGGUUACUGUGCUUGGGUGGGGUGGAUGUUAAAGAGAAGGAGAUAUAUGUGUGGCUUUGAAUGAUAGCACACUCUUGGAGAACUUCAAGUAGCCAUUGUCCAGUGGGUCCUGAUGGAGCCACAUAAAUUGUUUCAAGGAAGUAAUAGCUACUUGUGGCCACUACUGGAGCCUCUCCUCACAGCUCAUGCCCAUCUCCCCAGAUGACCACUAGGAUGCUGGCCUGGGAAGCCAUCAAGGCUCUUUUUCCCUUGGGAAAUCAGGUCUUAGUUUAUAAAAGUAGACUUUAAUUCCUGCUAGAGAGAUGCAAAGUUCUGAUGUGAAAUCUCAUUGCAGGAAACCACCUGAGGAAGAAGCAGGAGCCUGACUGAAUUGAAGUGGAUGUCAGGGGUCAACAUAUAAGAGUUGUUCAUCUCCUACCUACCCUGAAAGACCUGGAAACAAAUUGAAGUCAUCAGGCUUGGGACAAGCUCCUUUACCCACUGAGCCAUCUUUCUAACUCCGAGACACAAUUCUUUAUACAUAAUAAUAAAAAUACUGAAAACACCAGCCAUCUGCUUUCUUUUCUCAUCUAGAAAAUGGCAGCCCGGGAAGAAGCCUUUGAGGAGAGUAUUUGUGAGUUUGACGAUGACUUGGUCUCUGAGUUCUCUACUCUUCUCAGAGUGGAUGCACUUUUGGUCUUAAAGAGACAACAAGAAGAAGACCAUAAAACACGAAUGAAAAUGAAGAAAGGUUUUAACUCACAGAUGCGCAGUGAAGCCAAACGACUAAAGACUUUUGUGACCUAUGACACGUUCAGAUCAUGGACGCCACAGGAGAUGGCAGCUGCUGGAUUUUACUACACAGGCGUGAAACUUGGGGUUCAGUGCUUUUGCUGUAGCUUAAUCCUCUUUUCCACCAGACUCAGGAAACUUCCCAUAGAGAACCACAAAAAAUUACGACCAGAAUGUGAGUUUCUUCUGGGCAAAGAUGUUGGUAACAUUGGCAAGUACGACGUCCGGGUGAAGAGUCCAGAGAAGACGCUGAGAGGUGGCAAAGCAAGGUACCAUGAGGAGGAGGCCAGACUGGAGUCCUUUGAGGACUGGCCAUUUUAUGCCCAUGGGACAUCACCACGUGCACUCUCAGCAGCUGGCUUUGUCUUUACAGGUAAAAGGGACACUGUGCAGUGUUUCUCCUGUGGUGGAUGCCUGGGCAACUGGGAAGAAGGAGAUGAUCCCUGGAAGGAGCAUGCCAAGUGGUUCCCCAAAUGUGAAUUUCUUCAAAGCAAGAAGUCCCCAGAGGAAAUUGCCCAAUAUGUACAAAACUAUGAGGGAUUUCUUCAUGUAACGGGAGAACAUUUUGUGAAUUCCUGGGUCAGAAGAGAAUUGCCAAUGGUAUCAGCUUACUGCAAUGACAGUGUCUUCGCUAAUGAAGAACUAAGGAUGGACACGUUUAAGAACUGGCCCCAUGAAUCACCUGUGGCUGUUGAAGCUCUGGUCAGAGCAGGCCUUUUCUACACAGGCAAAAAGGACAUUGUCAGGUGUUUUUCCUGUGGAGGAUGUAUGGAGAAGUGGAAGGAAGGUGAUGACCCAAUAGAAGAUCACACCAAGUUUUUUCCCAACUGUGUAUAUCUUCAAACCCUGAAGUCCUCUGCAGAAGUGAUUCCAGCCCUUCAGAGAUACUGUGCAAGUCCAGAAGCCAUGGAAACUACAAGUGAAAGCAACCAUGAGGAUCUUCUGGCAGUUCAUUCUAUUGUGGCAGAUCAGCUCUUCCCUAACUUGGACAAGUUCCUGGACCUGAAAGAACUGUGUGUGAGACUAGAGGGCAAACCGGAUGUGCUCUCAUUCCUUCCUGGAGAGUUCCCAAACCUCCAUCACAUGGAGAAGUUAUCCAUCCGAACCUCCACAGAGUCUGACCUCUCCAAACUAGUUAAAUUGAUUCAGAACUCUCCAAGUCUCCGUGUUUUCCAUCUGAAAUGUGAUUUCCUUUCGAGUUGUGAGUCUCUCAUGGCUGUGCUUGCUUCCUGCAAGGAACUCAGAGAGAUUGAGUUUUCUGGACGAUGCUUUGAAGCCAAGACCUUUGUCAACAUUUUGCCAAAUUUUGUCUCUCUGAAGAUAUUGAAUCUUAGGAGCCAACAAUUCCCAGAUAAGGAAACAUCAGAAAAGUUUGCCCAGGCUCUGGGUUCUCUCAGGAACCUGGAAGAACUGCACCUUCCCACUGGGGACGGGAUUCACCAAGUGGCCAAACUGAUUGUCCAGCAGUGUCUGCAGCUUCUGUGCCUCCGAGUUCUUGUCUUUGCGGAGACUUUGGAUGAUGAUAGCGUGCUGGAAAUUGCCAAGGGAGCAACCAGUGGAGGCUUCCAAAAACUCGAGAACUUAGACCUUACACUGAAUCACAAGAUUACUGAGGAAGGAUACAGAAAUUUCUUUCAAGUCCUGGACAACCUGCCAAACCUUCAAAACCUGGACAUUUCCAGGCAUAUCCCAGAACACAUUCAAGUCCAAGCCACCACUGUCAAGGCUCUGGGUCAGUGUGUGUCCCGACUGCCCAGCCUCACCAGGCUUCAGAUGCUCAGUUGGCUGCUGGAUGAAGAGGACAUAAAAGUGAUUCAUGAUGUGAAGGGAAAACACCCUCAGUCCAAAUGCUUGACUGUUCACUGGAGGUGGGUAGUGCCAUUCUCUCCUGUCAUUCAGAAGUGAAGAAUGAAGUGGAAGAUUACUGGCAGGUCUAGAAACCUGAUUUUCUAACACAUUUCACUCUAGACAGGCAUGGUGUGUAAUCAUAGUACUUAGGAGACUGAGCAGGAGGAUCAAGAGUUUGAGUUCAGGGCUGGAGAAAUGGCUUAGCAGUUAAG